AUGGCUUUCAGGUCACUCAGCCACCACUCACGGAUCCUGUCUCGACUGCUGCCAACCGUUUCCGUUCCCGCUGUUGCAAGAGUUACCGCCGCUGCCCCCACUACUACUACAUUUGCGAUCAGGACGUCGAACCCCCUUCGAACGAUGGCUUCGACGGCGGCAGAGGUUGCCAUGCCACCAACCGAACCAGCUGUCACCAUCCAAGAAACCACAUCUCCCGCCAAUGCUGUCGGGCGCACCCCCGAAGAAGCCGCCGCGGCAGAGAACACAGUAAAAUGGUGCAUCUCCUCCCUUCCCGAAGAGGUCCUCGCAAGGAGGGUGCCCAUCCCCCCCAACGGCGUCGACUACAGAGGCAAGAUUGUUCUCGCGCCAAUGGUACGAUCGGGGGAGCUGCCGGCCAGGUUGCUGGCGCUCAAGUACGGGGCUGAUUUAGUAUGGGGCCCAGAAACAGUCGACCACUCCCUCAUCGGCACCACCCGGCGAACCAACCCCCGAACCUCCUGCAUCGAAUGGACCCGCCCCCCCUCCCAAGCCCACAACAAAGCCGGUUACGACGAGAACGUCAUCUUCCGGCUUGACCCAACAAGAGAAAAGGGAAAGCUGGUCUUCCAGAUUGGAACCUCUGACCCGGAUAGAGCGCUCGCGGCGGCGAGGCUGGUGGCGGGGGAUGUGGCUGGGAUAGACGUCAACGCCGGCUGUCCAAAACCUUUCUCUACCUCGGGCGGGAUGGGCGCUGCGCUGUUGCAGACGCCGGAUAAGCUUGUUGCCAUCCUGGAGAAUCUGACGAGGCAUAUCAUCCCCGAAUUUGGGAUUGGGGUCUCGGUGAAGAUUAGAUUGCUGGAGACACCGGAGAAGACGGAGGCGUUGGUUAGGAGGUUGGUGGGGACGGGGAUCACGGGGUUGACGAUCCACUGCCGGACUACGCCUAUGCGACCGAGGGAACGGGCGAUAAGGGGGCAGUUGAGGAUGAUUGGGUACAUCUGUCGCGAGGCGGGGGUGGCGUGCGUGGUGAAUGGGGAUGUGGCGGACAGGCGGGAUGGGUAUAAGCUCAUGGAGGAGUUCAGGGUGGACGGGGCGAUGAUUGCGACGGCGGCGGAGAAGAAUCCGAAUGUGUUUUUGAAGGAGGGGGAGGAGAAGACAACGUGGGAGCAAUAUGCGAGGGAGCUGGUGAGGUUUGCGAUGGAGGUGGAGAAUAAGAUGAGUAAUACCAAGUUUACGCUCAGUCAGAUUGUGCCGGGGCGGGAGCCGGUUUAUAAGACCAUGUGCGCGCAGGGGAAGAGUUAUGAGGAGUUGGUUAAGGUGAUGGGGUUUGAGGAGAUGGUGGAGAUGGCGAGGAGGACGGAUGAGGUAUUGAGGUUGGGGGAGUGGGCGCCAAAGAAGGAGGGCAAGGGGAAGAAGGGGCAGCAGCAGCAGGUGAAGGGGAAGAAUGAGAAGAAGAGGAAGAGUGAGGAUGAGGUUGAUGGAGCAAAGGAGGUCAAGAAAGAGAAGGUGGUGGUGGUUGCUGAGCCAGUUGCCCAACAGGACGGGCCUGCUCUUGCUCAGGCAGCGUAA